CCCAGGUCUUUGCCCCGGGUCCAGAGUCUGGGUCCUACCUACAUAUGGCACCGAGAAUACCUGGAGGCCCCAUGCAAGAGACAGCCCUUGUUUUCCAGGCACUGAGGACUACAGUCCCUAAUUCCGGGCAGUUCCUGAGAUCACAAGGAAAACAGGGUCAGCGAGGAGGCCUGGGGAGAGGCAUCCUACACCAGAUCUUGUGGCCUGCUACCUAAGGGAAACAGGAGACCAUGACAGCUACGCUAACACUAGAAGCCAUGGCCAGUGAAGAAGAAUAUGGGCCGAGGAACUGCGUGGUGUGUGGAGACCGGGCCACAGGCUAUCAUUUCCAUGCCCUGACUUGUGAGGGCUGCAAGGGUUUCUUCAGACGAACAGUCAGCAAAACCACUGGGCCCAUCUGUCCGUUUGCUGGAAGGUGUGAGGUCAGCAAGGCCCAGAGACGCCACUGUCCAGCCUGCAGGUUGCAGAAGUGUCUAAAUGUUGGCAUGAGGAAAGACAUGAUACUGUCAGCAGAAGCCCUGGCAUUGCGGCGAGCCAGACAGGCAGAGCGGCGGGCACAGAAAGCAUCUUUGCAACUGAAUCAGCAGCAGAAAGAGCUGGUCCAGACCCUUCUGGGGGCCCACACUCGCCAUAUGGGCCCCAUGUUUGACCAGUUUGUGCAGUUCAAGCCUCCGCCUUAUCUGUUCAUCCAUCACCGGCCUUUCCACCCUCCGGACCCCGUGUUGCCUCUGCUCACACACUUUGCAGAUAUCAACACGUUCAUGGUGCAACAGAUCAUCAAGUUCACCAAGGAUCUGCCCCUUUUCCGGUCCCUAACCAUGGAGGACCAGAUCUCCCUUCUCAAGGGAGCAGCUGUGGAAAUAUUGCAUAUCUCACUCAACACUACGUUCUGUCUUCAAACAGAGAAUUUCUUUUGCGGGCCUCUUUGCUACAAGAUGGAGGAUGCAGUCUAUGUAGGAUUCCAAUACGAGUUUUUGGAGUUGAUCAUCCAUUUCCAUAAAACCCUGAAAGGACUGCAUCUCCAGGAGCCUGAGUAUGUGCUCAUGGCUGCCAUGGCUCUCUUCUCCCCUGCCCCUUCUCCUCUCUCAGACAGGCCUGGAGUUACCCAAAGAGAAGAGAUUGAUCAGCUACAAGAGGAAAUGGCACUGAUUCUGAACAAUCACAUUAUGGAACAACAGUCGCGGCUCCAAAGUCGGUUUCUGUAUGCAAAGCUGAUGGGCCUGCUGGCUGAGCUCCGGAGUAUAAACAAUGCAUACUCCUAUGAACUUCAGCGCUUCCAGGAACUGUCUGCUAUGAUGCCACUGCUCGGGGAGAUUUGCAGCUGAGGCCCAGGCUUGCAUCCUUCCCACAACCCCUGGGAUACCCUGGACUGGAAAGGGUAAAGCACUGGACCCCACACGGGAACCAGCAGAAAGGAGCUCUGGAAUGGCAAUGAAACGCUGAACAGUCACUGUCUCUUCGUGCGCUCAUCAGUGGGGUGUGGAGUGGGUGGGGAACAGAGAGAGAGGAGGUGGGCGACCAUAGGGCCAAAGUUGUUCUCUGGAAACACAGGAGAGGGGAAAG